CCUUCACGUUCCUGCUCCCCGAAACAACAGAAAGCGGACGUGUGUGCUGUAACGCGCGAAACAGCUCGAGCAGCGAGCCGAGCGGAGGAGAAGACUGCUGAAAGAGUGGACUGGCUCGUGGGUAUCGAUCAGUAACCUGAGAGAAGCGGAGGUCUGGCCUCCGAAGAGUCCGCGGACCAUGCCGAGUAUCUUAGAGCUGUUAAUGCAGAGCGAGCUCGUGCAGCUCGACUCUCAGACUGAUGUGUUCUUCGAAACUCCUCCGACCGACGUGAUCUCAGAGGAGUUUUCUGAAGCCACUGUGAGCGGAUUCAGUGGCUCGACUGCUAAGCCGCCGUUACUGUUCUCAGACAGCGACUCUGGAGACAGCUUGUUUUUGACACAGUCUGUCACUUCGGCGCACAGGACGGUUAAAAGAUGUCGCUCUUCAGAAAGAACAGGCCCAAUUCCCAGAGGAGAGCCUGACAAUCAUCUCAGUGAUGAUGACUUGUUCGGCAGUCCUCUGAAAGUGCUGCCUUUACCAGAAAAGAGGGCUGCGGGGAGUUGCAGUCAGCCACGUAAACGGCGACCAGCACCUGCUCGUCCAAAAAGGAGAGAGUUUCCUUUUCUGCCGAAGUCCAGUUCAGGAAAAUUGUCUGUCCACAAGAGCCAAACUCUGAUGAAUUCAGAGAUUGGAGGGUUCUUUAAAUGCAUAUACUACAUGAACACAGGACGUGGAAAGAGAAGAAGAAGACUAAGUUCAGAUUUCUUGCCUUCUGCUCCGGAAGAAGGCAGCGCGGAGGAGGACCAUGACGACAUCAGAAUAGUGGAUUUGGCAUCUUUUAUAUCAAACUGCCCUAAAAGAAAUCGACAAACAUGGCUUCCAGCAUCAAGAUGGAAAAGUAGACAGGCCUCCAGCACAGCUCCUAAGAAGGAUAAUAAGAGGAAGAAAGAAAAAAUAGAGGAUAAAAAGAAACAAAACGUAAAGAAGAACAGUCCAGUCUCUAUGGGUGCAAAAGGCAAAAGAAAGGCUCAAGAGAACACAGAGACUCUGAGUGACACAGCGGUCGGCUCACUCAAUGUCAGAACGUUACGGUCAAAAAGCAGGAAGCAGGAGAAUAAAAGUAGGACUUCAUUCUCUUCUCCUGGAUGUUCCAGUGUUAGAUCUCUCCUCAUAGAGCAGGAGCAGCACAGUGAGAAACAGCUGGAAGUUUUAGUUGCAUGUACACAGUCAGAAUCUUUGGACUUGCUUUGCAGCAACACUCAAAGUUGUGAAAACUUAGCACUAGAAGGAGCAAACGAUGAUACAGUGGUUGAGGAGACGCAGAGGCCAGACUUGGACCAAGCUUCAGAAGACUCUGAUAGAACCCCUUCUCUGGAAAUGUUGCAGGAAGAAUUGAGAGAGAGGGAUGAAGAUGGAAUGUACGAGACAAGUAAAGAGAAAAAUGUAGAAAUCUUUGUGGGUGUAGAGACUAGUAGUCAUGCUGAUAAUACUGAACAUUGUGAAUUGCAGAAGAGUUCUCAGAGCUAUGUGCCACAUUUGAUUAAAACAACCUCAACUAUUGCUGAUGAAAUCAAACAAGCAGAGGAUAAAGAUCACAACAAGACACCAGCAGAUGAUAGUGUGACGCUUGCUUGUCCAGAAAGAAAUGUUCACUUUCUUCAUCUAACACUAUCGCUGUCUGACGAUCUUUCAGGAUUAGAAGUAAAUGCUGACUCGAGUCCAAGUGAGAAUGUCAUCACAGGUGAACAGGCAGAGAUGGCCAGAGGAACAGUACACAGUCAGAUGGAGGAUCCAGAACAAGUUGAGGCUACAGAAGUGAUGCAGCAUUCCGAGCAGGAAGCUACUGAAUCAGUUUCAGCGACAAAAGUAAAGGAGAAGAAAAGGAAAAGAGCGCAGACUGGUGAAGAUGAUGUCGCUGUAAUUGACGGCCAGGUAGAGACUGCUGAGGAUGUUGCAGUAAUUCAACAUUCUGAACUACAGUCUGUUGAAUUGGUUCCUGAAGAAAAAAUGAAGAAGAAAAGGAGGAAAGAAUUGGUUGGUGAAGGAGAUGUGGUUGUUGAGGCCAGUCAGCUUGAGUCUACAGCACAAAUUGAGGCUGUGGAAGUCAUUCAGCAUUCUGAGAAACAAGCCACUGAAUUUGUUCCAGAGAAAAAAAUAAAGAAGAGAGAACAGGUUGGUGAAGAUGAUGUGGCUGUAGAGACCAGUCAGCUAGAGACUCCACCAGUGAUUCUUGAUCCUGAGGGGCAAGCUGCUGAAUUGGUUCCAGAGAAGAAACUGAAGAGGAAGAAAAAGAAUCGGCCUGGGGUCGUAGAAGAAAAUGUGGCUGUAGAGGCCAGUCAGGCGGAUAAUACAGCGCAAGUUGAAGCUACAGAAGUGGUUCAGCAUUCCGAACAUCAAGAUACUGAAUCAGUUCCAGAGAAAACAUUAGAGAAGAAAAAGAAGAGAGAACGGGUUGUUGAAAGUUUUGUAGCUUUAGAGACCAGUCAAGUAGCCGCUACAGAGCAAGCUGAGACUCUGGAAGUGGUUCAAGAUUCUCAGCAGCAAAGUUCUCAGUCGUUUCCAGAGAAAAAAGUGAAGAAGAAGAAGAAAAAUCACAGAGAGCAGGUUGUUGAAGAAAAUGUAGUUCUAAAGGCUAGUCAAGUAGGUACCACAGAGCAAGAUGUGAUUCAGGAUUCUGAGCCCCAAGCUACUGAAUUGGUUUCAGAGAAAAAGGUAAAGAAGAAAAAGAAGCGGCCUGGGGUCAUUGAAGAAAAUGUGGCUGUAGAGGCCACUCAGAUAGAGACUACAGAGCAAGUUGAUGCUCUGGAAGUGAUUCGGGAUUCUGAGCAGCAAGCUACUGAUUUGGGUCCAGAGAAAAAACUGAAGAAGAAAAAGAAGAAAGCUGGGAUUGUUCAAGAAAACGUGGCCGUAGAGAUCAGUCAGGUGGAGACAACACAGCAACCUGAUGCUUUGGAAGUGAUUUGGCAUUCUGAGCAGCAAGCUACUGAACUGGCUCUGGAGAAAAAACACAAGAAGAAGAAAAAGAAGAAGGCUGAGGUUGUGGAAGAAAAUAUGGCUGUAUAUACCAGUCUUAUAGAUACCACAGAGCAGGUUGAGGCUGUUGAAGUGAUUCAGGAUUCUGAGCCGCAAGUAACUGAAUUUAUUCCAGAGAAAAAACAUAAGAAGAAGAAAAAGAAGAAGUCUAGGGAUGUUGAAGAAAAUGUGGCUGUAGAGACCCCAGAGCAAGUUGAGGCGGUUGAAGUGAUUCAGGAUUCUGAGCCGCAAGCUCCUGAAUCAGAUCCAGAGACAAAACUGAAGAAGAAGAAGAAGAAGAAGAAAAAGAAGAGUCGGGCUGGUCUAGAAAAUGUGGACAUGGAGCAGGUUGCGUCUCUAGAAAUGGUUCAGGAUUGUGAGCAGAAACCCUCUGAACAGAUUCCAGAGAAAAAACUGAAAAAGAUAAAGGACAGAACAUCUCAUGACUCUGAAGUGGCACAUGAAGGGAAGGCCAGAAAGACACCAUGGGUAGCAUUUGAGAAUGCUUCUAUAUCUAAUAGACCUGGAUCUUUGACGAUAUCUAAUCCUUCAAUCCCUGGAAUGGAAACGAAUGUAAGCGAGCAGGAUAACAGUUCAGAGAUUAAUGAGGAGGUUGGGUACUGUUCACCUUGUGUUGGUGGAUCUGCAUUCCCAAAGAAGAAGAAAAAGAAAAGGAAAGAGAAGGAAAACAAUGCAUUGUCUUGGGUUUCUGAUGGCAUGGGUCGUAUAGAUCAAGAAGAAUUUGGACAAAGACAUAAAGGAAAAAGUUCUGUAGCACAAUUAGAAUCUAGCGCUUGGCCUUUCAGUGAUAAAACGGGCAAGAAUAAGAGAACAUCUCUUUUCAGCGAUUCUGAAAGUGGUCAUUCAUUACUGCAGUCGGAAGACACUGUACAGCUUGAGACCAAAAAGAAGAAAAACAAAAGACAAGCAGAAGCUGCCACUGAUGUGAGCGCAGGUUUGUAUGAUGAGGAUGCUGAAUACGUUGCGUCCCAGGAGAGCCUCAGGGGUUCUCAGUCAACACCUUCAGAAGCAUUGUCAGAAAAGAGGAAAAAAAAGAAGAUCAAAAGGGACAAUUUCGACUCAGGUCAGAACGUAGGCGGCAUCAGACACAUGCAAUAUGUACAUUCUUUAGACAUAACCACUGGACUAGAAAGGGUAGAAAGCCCACAAGAGGUUUCAAGCACACAGCUUGGUGAAGAGGACAGUAUUCCAUCUUCAGGAGGAGGAUUAUUUAUGAAUUCUGAGAAGAAAAAGAAGAAGAAAAAGAAGAGCAAAGAGUAACAGGCUCUGUGUCUAUGCCAAUGUACCGAGGCCACACUUUGAACUGAACAUGCUGCAGUGUCUGCUGGAAUAAACCACUGUUUACUGACCCAUAAUGACGCCAUACCACAAGCCAAUAAGAGAACCUUAUUUCCUCAGUUGUUAUUUUAUGUAUAACUUUGCAUACAAAGUUGUCUAUUUUUACUUCAUAGUGUAAGUUGUGUACAGUUUUGUAUCUCUCAAUGGGAGCUGGGCUUCUAAGUUAUUGAUAACCUUUUGUUCCUUAAACAAAUUAGUUGUACAUACUGUUUUAUAAUAAAGUUUACAUAUUUUAUCAAUGAAUUUACAGUACAGUAUUUACAGUAUAGGUGCCUAACAGUGUACCAAAAUGCCUUCUGUUUUUGACCCCUAGAAAACAAACAUUAAACUUACAGAAGGGCAAAUGUGAAUGUUGCAUACAAAAUACUGAGGGGAGUGGGGGAAUCAGCAGGGUAGGAUGGUUGACAAUCAAAUGGAUUUUUAUAAUAAAAUAACUGUGUAACCUGUGUCAUCCUCAAAACAACAACUACACUUGGUUUAUUUGUUAAAUAUAGUUGGCAAUAAGCACGCUUGUUUUUGUUAAAACACCAUAUAUUAGGGGUCUCGAGUCUUAUCCGCAAAAGGCUGGUGUGACUGCAGGUUUUUCUUGCAACAAGGCAGAAGCUCAAAUGAUCAGUUGUUUAAAGACAGAGACUUAAUGAUUAAAUGAGUGGUGUGCUCCUCUUGUUUGGAACAAAAACCUGCACCCACAGUGGCCCUUUGUGGACACCCCAGCCAUAUAUCAUUAGAAUAAAUGUGAAUAAACAUAAAUACAGUAAAAAGUAUUAAGAACUUAUGGUUUUCAAUGCCUCCCCACCCAGCCAUUGCAUAGAUUUGUUCAAUCUACCCAAACUACCCAAACCAGGUAUACAACUACAAUAAUGCUGAACUUCUACAAACAGAAGUUUGGAAAUGGUUAAACAAACACCUUGAAUAACAAAAAAUCACUGCUUAUUGCAUUAAUAUUAUUUGUGUCUGUUGUUAUAUUAGUGUUAUAUAAAAUGCUUAUUGCCCAGAUAAAUAGGUUGCUGAGUAAAAUUUUAAUAUGUGUAAGACUUGCACAGUACUGUAUGUUCAUUCUUUCAGUUUCUCUGGCUUAAAAGCUUUUUUUGCUAACAUAGUAAGUUUAAUAGUAAACAUGCCAACAUAAUAGUAAGUGGUGCACUAAAGUGAACCUGAAGCCCUGAUUCACCCUCU